GAAGAACAUAAAUAAUAAGCUGUAUGCUACUUCAUUGAUUGGGGUAGGCAUUGCUUCGAGCUUGUAUCAUUCUUCAAGAGGGCAAUUCAGAAAAUAUCUAAGAUGGGCUGACUAUACAAUGAUAGCUACUAGUACUAUUGGCUAUUCACCCCCUCUAGUCAGACCCCAAGGGUCCUUCAAGUGGUAUCAGAGCGGGUUCGCUUAAGGAGGACUAAAUGUCGAACGAAGCACACGAGAUGGCCGGACCGAGCAUCUACCCACCGAAGUUCAAGGUGGAAUUCACGAGCUGGAAGAAAAAGAUGGAGGUAUUCUUUAAGACAGAUUUCGAUUUACUUUUAAUAAUGAAAUCCUGUUUUAUAGCACCUAAGGGUAAAGAAGAAUACCAAUGGAUGAAGAAGGAGCAAGUCGACUUCAUGGCAAACGGCAAAACGGAGUUUCACCUGCUUAACGUUUUACCAUCUCAAGAAGUCAACCGGAUCGGAGCCUAUGAGUUAGCUAAGGAGCUCUGGGAGAAAUUCCUGAAACUACAUGAAGGGACCUUGGAGGCAAAACUCGCGAGACGGGAUCUGUUCAGGAACCUGAUCAACAACAUCAAGUUAGAAGAAGGAGAAAUCAUUACACACCUUCACUCAAGAAUAAAGGAACUCAUCACCGGACUCACGAAUCUCAGAGAAAAGAUCCGAAGGAGUCAAGGCACAACAUUGCCUUAAAGGCAAAGAUGAAUGAACGAGAUUAUAAAUCUUCUCUCGAUGACGAUGAAACGACAUUUAUGGUAAGCAGAUUUAAAAAAUUAUUUAAAUCUAACAAAUGCAGGGUACAAAAAGAAAAAGAAAAGUAAGAUGCUACCACUACAAUGAAGAAGGACAUGUAAAAGAUAACUGCCCAAAAUUGAAGAGCAAGGCUAAGGAAAAGAACAAGAAGGCAGCCCAGAACAAAUAUAAAACUUUAAAGGCGACGUGGGACGAAACGUCGUCCGAAUUAGAGAUCGAAGCAAUCCCCGGACUUGCCCUAGUGGCAAGUCACCAAGAAGAUGAAGGCGAAGCAAGCUUGUCUCAAAUGAGCAUCGAGAGCAUCGAUGAAGGGGAAACAACAUUGGAAGAAAGUAGCACUUUAGAGGGAGCUUCAGAUUACGGGAUCGACAAGUGUUUAUCACGUGCACUCCAAAAUGAGAAUCCAAAACUGCUAAUGGCCGCGUCAACAUUGCUUUUGCCAUUUCAACCCUUGAUGGUUUCGGCUCUUCACACAGGAUUAAUGGAGGUGGCAUUUGCCAAACAAGCAUUAUCAAGACCAGAUCUAAAGAUGGCACACAACCUCCAUAAAAUGUCUUCUCUAUUAGGAGGGGCAUUUUUUGUUGCCGAUGAUUGCUUCCCUGAAAUCCCCUAUCUUCAUGCAGCUUGGCAUCUUGCCGCAGCAGUCGGCGUUAGUACAUGUAACAAGCUUCUCGAGUGAUAUACCUAUCGCUUGUUCUUGCAUUCUCAACCCAUUUUUAUUUUUCUCUUGAUGAUCCAAACAUUCAUACAAGAGCUAUUUUAUCACUUCCAAUUUGUCGACAUGUAUUUCUGCUGGCAUACUUCCUAACCAUUAAUGCUACUAUUCUCUAUUCUGUACCUUCUUUUUCA